UCAACUGAGAGAGAGAGAGAGAGAGAGAGAGAGAGAGAGAGAGUUUUGAAGGUGAAUUGCAAUGGAGGGUACCAACCAGCAAUGCAUGAUUCUAAGGGUUUUAGUUCUCAUCCUCACUUGCAAUAUUCUUAUAGCUUUCUCUGCCGCAACGGACACCAAACGUUUUCAUUUCAAUUUGGAGUGGGAAGAAGUGACCCGACUGUGCCACACAAAGUCGCUUCUGACGGUGAACGGCGAAUAUCCGGGGCCAACCAUCGCCGUCCACGAAGGCGACCAUGUCGAAGUUAAAGUCACCAAUCGCAUCACCAAGAACACCACGAUCCACUGGCAUGGCAUAAGGCAGUACAGGACGGCAUGGGCGGAUGGACCGGCCUACAUAACCCAAUGCCCCAUAAAAGGAGGGCAAACUUACACCUACAACUUCAGCGUGGCGGACCAAAGAGGCACCCUCUUUUGGCACGCCCAUUUCUCUUGGCAAAGAGCCUCCGUACACGGUGCCUUCAUCAUCUACCCCCGCUUGCCCUAUCCGUUCUCACCCAAGAUUGAAGCCGAAAUCCCCAUCAUUUUCGGUGAAUGGUGGAAUGCGGAUGUUGAUGCAGUGGAGGGUGAAAUGAUUUAUGGUGGUGGCCCUAAUUCCUCAGACGCUUACACCAUCAAUGGCCUUCCAGGUCCUCUCUAUCCUUGCUCUGCCAAAGAUACGUUCAUCCAGGCCGUGGAACCGGGCAAGACGUACCUGCUUCGGAUCAUCAACGCCGCACUCAAUGAUGAGCUCUUCUUCGCAGUGGCCAACCACUCGCUGAAGGUGGUUGAGAUCGAUGCGGCCUACACGAAGCCCUUUUCAACCCCGGCCAUAAUGAUUGCUCCGGGGCAGACCACGAACGUCCUGCUCCAGACGAACCGAGCGCCGGACCCCUCAGGAAUGUUCCCAAUGGCAGCCGCUCCUUACCUCACCUCCGUUUUCCCCUUUGAUAAUUCCACAACACUGGGCUUUUUAAAAUACAAAGGCCCUAAUUCUAGUGACAGAAGAACCGAGCCUAGCGUCGUGGUCCCUAAUCUUCCUAAAAUGACCGACACCACUUUUGCCACAAAGUUCGCGGACAAGCUCAGGAGCCUUGCAACACCUCAAUACCCAUGUAGGGUCCCCAAGGCAAUCGAUAGGAGAGUGAUCACCACCAUCAGCCUCAACCUCCAAGAUUGUCCGCCGAACCGAACUUGCAAGGGCUACACCGGGAAGCAGUUCUUUGCAUCGAUGAACAACCAGUCCUUCGUCCGCCCGCUAAUGUCGAUCCUCGAGGGGCACUACAAGAACCUCACCGCGAGCAAGAUGCUAACCUCGACCUUCCCGGAGCGACCCCCGAAGGUCUUCGAUUUCACUGGAGUCGACCCCCUCACGGAGAACAUGAAUACCGAGUUUGGAAGCAAGCUCCUGGUGGUGCCGUUCGGCACCAACUUGGAGAUUGUGCUCCAGGACACGAGCUUCCUUAACCCCGAGAACCAUCCCAUCCACGUCCACGGUCACAACUUCUUCAUCGUGGGGCGGGGUUUCGGGAACUACGAUGCCAACGUCCAUCCCGCAGGCUAUAACCUCGUGGACCCGCCCGAGAGGAAUACGGUGGCGGUCCCCGCCGGGGGAUGGGCCGCGAUCCGCCUGAAGGCGGAUAACCCAGGGGCUUGGUUCAUCCAUUGCCACCUUGAGGAGCACACUACAUGGGGCCUUGCCAUGGCCUUCAUUGUACGCAAUGGGCCAGGCCCAUCUCAAGUCUUGCUGCCUCCUCCUGAUGAUCUUCCCUCAUGUUGAGAUGAAGACAUCUAUGCAAGCAACACUCGUAAUCUUUUUUGCCCUUAGCUCUGUGUUCCUUUGCUUUGUUGUGUAUUAGAUUUGUUAUUUUUUUUUGGUCGAAAUUACUCGGGAUAUUCAUUACUUAAUGGAGUACAGUAAAAUUAUAUCAAGAGCAUCUGAGCAUAAUAUAUUAAAAAGAGUAAAAGGAGGGUGGGUGACCCAAUUCUUAGGUAAAGCGUUUAACCGUUGUGAUUUGGCUAACCAAUCGGCGAGCUUGUCGGAAUUCUAGCUGCAAUGGGCUAUCGAGAGGCCCGAAAACUUGUUCUUCAGCUCCUUGGCCCUGUCCACCAGGGGCUGUACUUCCCAGUUAAUCUGAUCAGCCGAGUUUACACAGUGUACAAGUACACUAUAGUCAGAAUGAAGCUCGAGUGUCUUUGUAGAUCUGGGGAAAAGAAAGUUUAGGGUUUCAACUAACGCCGCAUUGAUUUGGAGAAGCCGUCGAGCAUCCUCCCAAACGCAUCUCGGACAACACGUGCUAUGGCCGCUCGAUUCUUCCUUCCAUUCUUGUCCUGUCGGCUUCGAUCGUCCGAGUUUCCAUCAAGAGUGUGAAGAUGAAAAGAAUGAACUGAAAGCUGAAGAAUAAGCAAGAAGCUUUUGAAUCUCUCUAUUUCAAUGUAUUUGUAGUACAAAGCUGUACAUCUUAGAACAUCAAUGAAUAAAUUGCUCUGUUCUAUCU